GCGAAAGGUUGGACUGAAUGUGCAUUAUUUUCAGAUUUAUCAAAGAGUGCCAAACAAUCAAUCAAUCAAUCAAUCAACAACCUCGACAUCUUGCAAUGAAACAAAACAAAAUCCGAAGGCUUGGACAACUGGAACAACUGGGACAAUUGGCAUGUCAGGAACAGAGACACCCCUCCUCUCUUCCAUGCAUUCAUUAGUCGAGGUUGAUGAUAAACCUGAACAACAGAGAAUUAAUAUAAGUGACUCUGAUAACAACUAUAACGGAAACAGCACCAAAGGAAACAACCCAGAGGGAAACAUUACCAAAGUAAACAAUACCAACGGAAACAGUACCAACGGAAACAGUACCAACGAAAACAGUACCAACGGAAACGGAAAUACAACAGAAAACGGAAGUAGGCGGAAACGAGAAAAAAGGAUGGCACGUGGUAAAGGACUAGAAUCUGAGGUUGAACAAGGUGGGUUUUGA